AUGGAGAGCAUCCCUGUUGAACUUGUAAAGAAUGAAACCCAAAGUUUAGUGAACUUGGUGAAAAAUGAAGCUCAAUAUAUAUGUUGCUUCAAUAGUUAUGUUCAAGAGUAUGAGCAGGCAAAAGGAAGAUUGAAAGCAAAACUCGAAGAUGUAAGCAUAAAAAUUAAUCAAGCUAGAGGUGUUUCUCUUGUCACAUCUGUAGCACUACAAUGGACACGUGACGCUGAAGAACUCAUUAAUGUUGACACUAAGAAAGAGAAAUGCUUUAAUGAUUUGUGUCUUAAUUGCUGGCCUCAAUAUCAGAAAGGUAGAGACUUGGCGAAGAGGACUCUGGAUAUUGACAGACUUCUAAAGAUAUGUAACUUUGAUAUAGUGGUAGGUCUAACUGAUCUUCCAGGUAUAAAAUACCAUUGCUUACCAAAUUUCACGCAUUUUGAGAGCAGAAAGUCAAUAUUUAAAGAACUUCAAAAGGCACUAGAAGAUGAAGGAAACAAUAUGAUUGGACUCGAAGGCUUAGGGGGAACAGGCAAAACUUCAAUGGCAACAGAAGUGGGUGCUGAAUUGGAAGGAUCCACAUUCGGCAAAGUCAUCUUUCUUGUUGUCUCUAAGCUUCCAGAUUUCAAACAUCUUCGAGGUGAGAUUGCUGGACGUUUGGAUUUGAAAUCAGAGGAUGGAGAGUACCACGAAAAAAUAUUGACCAAAAUCAAAGCGUUAAAAGAGAAACUUCUUAUAGUACUAGAUGAUGUGUGGGUGGAGUUUGAUCUCAGGAAAGAGUUGGGGAUUCCUCCUCCUCACCUGCACAAGGGUUGCACUAUAUUGAUAACCACCCGGAGCAAAGAGAUUUGUACAAAAAUGGAUUGUCAAAGGAUCAUUCAUCUACAGGCACUGACUGAUAAGGAAGCAUUGCAACUUUUCCUCGAGCAUGCUAAUAGCUCCUCUACUUUGGAGAAUUUGGCGCAAAAAAUUGUGAAGCAUUGCCAUGGAGUACCAGUUGUAAUUGUAGCUGUAGCAAGAUCAUUGAAAGAUCGACCUUUUAAAGUUUGGACGGAAGCCUUGAGGAACUUGCAAAGUGGUGAGUCAAUAUUCAAUGUUCGUGAUGAAGAUUUGAAGAAGGUCUAUGAAGGUUUAAAGUUAAGCUAUGAUAAUUUGAGAAAUGAAAAAGCCAAAAAGCUCCUAUUGAUAUCUUCUCUAUUCCCCGAAGAUUUUAAUAUUCCCAUGGAGUUUUUAAUUAUAAUUGGUGUAGGAAUGGGCCCUUUUGGUAAGGAAGUUGAUGACUACAACAAAAGAAGAAGAAAAUCACUUGAUGCUGUAGUGGAACUCCUAGGUUCUUCUUUAUUGUUGAAUGCUGAGAGGGAAUGUGUAAAGAUGCAUGAUUUAGUUCAUGAAGUAGCCUUAUUGAUAGGACAAGAAGACAUUCAAUCCAUCAUUAAAUCUGAACUAUCUGUAAAAAAAGGGUUGCAAUGUUUAUAUUGGAAAAAUGAUGAUUUUUUGAGACCUUUUGAUAGUCAAAACCUUGAGGUAUUAUUUCUAGUUCGAGAAGAUCAAGAGGCUUUGGAAGUCCCUGAUACAUUCUUUAUAGAGAUGACAAAGCUCAAAGUUUUGUUUUUACAAAAUAAAGCUUGGCAUCGAAUUUCAGCUCCAUCACUGUUUCCAUUAAUUCAGUUAUUACAAGAUAUUCGAACUCUCUGGAUAAAGAAUUUUAAUUUACAUAGCAACAUCUCUAUGUUGGGAGGGUUAUCAAAUCUUGAGACACUUUGGUUGGAUGAUUGCUCAAUCAUUAAACCUGGAAAAAAAUUUGAGCUACAGAAGUUGAGAUUCUUAAGGAUAGAAAAUUGUGACAGUAAUAUGAAUAAUCCUUUUGAAUUGAUUGAAGCAUGCCCAAAGCUAGAGGAGUUGGCUUUUUUGAGUAAUGAUUAUGUCAAGCAGGAAGAAGAUACAAUUUCUCAAAAACCAGGUAGUUUAACGCAUUUAAUCUCUGAGGCAACAUUUAGGCAACUUGCAAGAACAGCUGAGCUUCUUAGCUUAAGUGGGUAUGGAAAACAGAAAAAUCUUAUCCCUGACAUUGUUCCAGUAGAUGACACAGGUAUGACUGACUUGAUCAUUCUUCAAUUGGAUUCUUGGCCUGACAUGCAAUGUCUCAUUGAUGCUGUGAACAAUCGCUUUGACGUGAAGAAUGCCUUUUCCAAUUUAGUUGGACUAUAUCUUUCUAAAAUGGGACUAAGCAAUAUAUUAUUUAAUGGCCACUAUAACCUGUGUCAUCUGAAGACCUUGAAACUGAAGGAGUGUCCAAAGCUGACGUCAAUUUUCCUCCCAUCCACUGCUCAAAGCCUUUUGCAGUUAGAAGAGUUGAACAUUAAGAGAUGUGAUGCAUUGGAAUGCAUUGUAGAAGAUCAGAGUUCAAGAGGGGAAAUAGCUGGUGGUGAUGGUGACAAUGAUCAAAAGAGCUACGGCACUCUGUUUCCAAAGUUUAAAAUUCUUAAAAUUGAUAGUUGUGACAAUUUAGAAAUAAUAUUGCCAAUCCUUCACGGUGGAUGGCAUCUGGAAAGAAUAAUCAUACAGCAGUGCAAGAAGUUGAAAUAUAUAUUUGAUAAGUUCCAAGAGGUCAAUGUUAUGCUCCCCUCUCUGGAAAGAAUGCAACUUGUUAGUCUGUCAAGUCUGGCGACAAGUGAAGAGGCUGAUGUUGCUGUUUCUACGGGGAGAUUGCUUGACAAAGGAAUCUCACAGGGAUUACUUGCAUCUAAGAAAUGGAUUGAUAAUGCUCCUACACUUGGGAGGCAACUAGCACUCCAUGUUGUUGGUCAUAUCAGGAAGAUGGAACUUGCAUAUCUCUCUUCAAAUUCGCUGUCAACUUUGUUCACUUUAUCCAUGGCAUCAGCGAUAUCAUGGAAAGAAUUGACAAUCAUCGGUUAUGAUGGGCUGAAGCACUUGGUAACGAGCGAGGAGGAUGAUUAUAAAGAUGAAAUCAGUUGCAGUUCCAUUUUCCCAAAGUUACAGGAACUUCAUAUCUCAAAGUGUAAUGACUUGGAAUUUUUAUUUCUGUCUGCAAUAUCUAUAGAAAUCAAGAAUUUAAAGUCCUUGAUCAUUGAAGGUGCUCCUCAGCUAACAUAUGUCAUUGAGAAAUACCAGCAUCACCAUCGUUUAUCCAAUCAAAAUCAGAAUGACGAGUGGCACUUUGGUCUCCCUGCUUUGGAGGUCCUCUGUUUAGAUAGAGUAACUAAGUUCAUUAGCAUUGGUCCAAUGAAUUAUAAAAUGGUGUCACCAUCUCUGCAACACAUUUGUUCAGACAAAGCACAACUGAAUUCGAAUACCACAAAGGGAUUAUUUGCAUCAAAGAAAUGGAUUGAUACUGCUCCUACACUUGGGAGGCAACUAGCACUCUAUGUUGUUGGUCAUAUCAGGAAGAUGAAACUUGCAUAUGUCUCUUCAAAUUCAGGAUCAACUUUGUUCACUUUAUCUAUGGCAUCAGUGAUAUCAUGGGAAGAGAUGACAAUCAGGGGUUAUGAUGGGCUAAAGCACUUGGUAACGAGCGAGGAGGAUGAUUAUAAAGAUGAAAUCAAUUGUAGAUCCAUUUUCCCAAAGUUACAGGAACUUCAUAUCUCAGAGUGCAAGGACUUGGAAUUUUUAUUUCUGUCUGCAAUAUCUAUAGAAAUUAAGAAUUUAAAGUCCUUGAUCAUUGAAGGUGCUCCUCAGCUGACAUAUGUCAUUGAGAAAUACCAACAUCAGCAUCGUUUAUCUUAUCAAAAUCAGAAUGACGAGUGGCACUUUGGUCUCCCUGCUUUGGAGGUCCUCUGUUUAGAGAAAGCACCGAAGUUCAUCAGCAUCGGUCCAAUGAAUUAUACAAUGGUGUCACCAUCUCUACAACACGUUUGUUCAGACAAAGCACAACUGAAUUCGAAUACCACAAAGUUGGAUGAAGAGAGUGUAAAAAAAAAAAAAAAGAAGUCAGAUGAAGAUUGA